AUGACAAAACUAAAUAAUGCCCAAGCAACAACUAUAAUCAGACAAGAAAUAGAUAUUCCCAAUUUGACGUCUUAUUUAGCUUCAAGAAUUCCUGAAAUUAAGUUACCAAUAGAAACUCAACAAUUCAAAUUUGGUCAAAGCAACCCCACAUAUCUCCUAAUUGAUGCAAAUCAAAAACGAUAUGUACUACGAAAAAAACCACCAGGAAAACUAUUAUCAACUACUGCACAUGCUGUUGAACGUGAGUUUCAUAUUCUUGAUGCUUUAGGAAAGUAUACCGAUGUACCAGUGCCUAAGGUAAUGGAAUUUUUAAAUGGUAGGAUUUUUGAGGAUGUAAGACUUUUAUCACUUUCUCCAAAUGAAAGAAAGAAUUGGUAA